GCCAGUACGAAGAUGCAUCUCCUUAUCCUCGGAGCUUCCGGUAUUUCACCACUAACGUGUUCACGAUCUAUACCAAUGAAUUUCUGACUUGUUGACUUUUAUAGGUGCGAUUGGGAGCAAGUUCUGUGACAUGGCGCUUGGCCAGGGUCACCGACUUAGUCUGCUAGUCCGGACUCCAAGCAAGCUUCCGGACACAAUCCUGCACAAUGAACAUGUCAAUGUUAUCGAGGGCGCCCUUGACAAUGAAGUGGCUAUAGACCAAGCUUCGCGGUGCGGUGCAGAUGCCUUCAUCUCAUUCGCAGGACCAUCGCCAGGGUCGACAGGGACUCCUCUAACAAACGGAUACAAAACCCUAAUCCCGAAACUCCUUCGCCAGAACAUCAGCCGUAUUCUCGUCAUAAGCACCCCUUCCUACCGCUGUGCCUCGGAUAUCGAGACGUUCAAAUGGAAACUAGGAAUCUGGGCCAUCAAAACCUUCUGUCCCGGGGCAUAUCAGGAGGUGACUGGUAUCGGGGAGUUUGUUUCGUCACUAUCUGUUAAUGACGGGGUGCGAUGGACGGUGUUUCGGGUUGGUGGGUUGACGAAUGGUGCGGAGGGGCCCGUUAAGGCGACGUAUCCGGGUAGUGGGGAGGAUGGGUUUUGGAUUAGUCGUGGUAAUGUCGCGAGGUGGGUGUUGGAAGAGGUUGUUCAGAAUAAGUGGGUUGGAGAGACGCCUUAUAUCUGUGGUCCACCUUGCACAAAUUGUGUGGCGCGAAACGCAGUGUGUCAGUAUUCUACAGGAAGACUCUUCCAACCCUCACCAUAUGAUGCUGCCCCACAGGAAACCGAGACGCAUCAAUUUACAAUGGAAAAUGGGGUUGAUGAUUCCGAGACACGCUUGAAUGCCGGACUUUUACCUUCCCUAGCAUGUUCACCGUCUCCGAACCGCAUGCGGGAACUUGAACUGAUGCACCAGUGGUGCAUGAAGACAUGCUACAGUUUCUCAUCUGACUUGAGCGAUGUCUUCGGGACUUACGUCGUAAAGCAAGCGCUCCGUCACCCAUUCUUGAUGGACUCAUUGUUAGCAUUGUCGUCCCUGCACAUAGCCAAUGACCUUACUUCUGCCAACACCGACAUUGAAAUAUCUACCAACGAUGGAACAAAACCAGCCUCUGCAGAAGACUACAUCAUCGAUGCCCUGCACUACCAGAACCAAGCAGCUCCCGCCUUUCGUGCCGCCCUCGAGGAUAUAUCCCCAACAAAUUGCAAUGCGCUCUGCGCAUGCUCAGCGAUAAUGAUGGCUUGUGCAGUUGUAUCAUCCCUAUCCCAAAGCGGCGAAGAUUCUGGCAUGGGUACCCUAACCGCACUCCUCCCCUUCAUCAAAGGAGUCCAUGUUGUCAUCGAUAGAGCCCGCGAAUGGCUAGCAAGCGGCCCAUUCGGUCUCAUUAUGCAGUGUCAUCCGGACGACGACUGGCUGUUAUUUCAGCCGGGAGAUGUUGAGCUGCUGCCGAGUGGGAUACGGAAACUAUACUGUCUUCGCUCACAUGCGUCUGAUGUAUGUACCCGCGCUAUUGUCAUGAUGGCGAAGUGCUAUGUGAAAGCCGAUGCAAUGGUUCUUCCAUGGUUGGUCGUCGUUGGUGAUGAGUUUGUGGGGCUUGUACAGCAGGGACAGCCGAUGGCGUUGUUGAUAUAUAUGUGUUGGGGUGUGCUUCUCAAUCGCCUAGAAGGGAUUUGGUGGGCGAGAGCCCCUGGGAGGAAGAUAGUUAUGCAGUUGAUUCCGCGCUUGAUCGGUUUUGAAGAGUGGGAGGGUAUUGUGAACUGGGCUAAGGAAGAGGUGGGCUUCCACUGA